AUGUCUACGGCUCCCUCCGCAGAGAUCGUUGAUGGUUGCAAGACCUUCAUUCCUCUCGAAAACAAUCCCGAUAUACUGGAAAUUCUUUGCAGAAAUCUUAGUAUCUCACCAGAUCUCGCAUUCCAUGACGUCCUCUCUCUGUCACCGGAGUUUGUUAGAGAGUGGUAUCCCCGACCUUGUCAUGCCUUGAUUCUACUCGCCCACACGCCGAUUUACAACGCUGCCCGCUCGGCGAUUGAGCCAACAAUCCCAGAAUAUAACAGUUCAGGUCCCAACGAACCAGUUUUAUGGAUGAGACAGACCAUCGGACAUGCUUGCGGGCUGAUGGCGCUUUUGCACAUACUCUUUAACCUGGAAGGUCGUCGAUAUGUUACUCCGGGGUCGGAGCUAGACAACCUCAUCCAGCAAGCUAUUCAGCUAGGUCCCACGGAGCGAGCUCAAUUACUUUACGACUCUAAGUUUCUCGAAGAGGCUCAUAUGGAUGCGGCCUCGCGCGGAUCCUCGACUGCCCCCUCGCCUCGGGACGAGAACAAUCAUCAUUUCGUGGCUUUUGUUCAGGAAGAUGGGCAGGUGUGGGAGUUGAAUGGAGGCAUGAAUGGACCCCUGCUACGAGGGACACUAUGCCAGGGGGAAGAUCUACUGAGUGAAAAAGGGCUCAGUCUCACCGUGAAAGAUUUCUUGACCGCUGCUGAACAAGGUGGACAUGGAGAGAUGAGUAUUGUCGCAGUUACUGGGGCUGACGCUGUUGCUCCACGUUCAUCUUAA